AUGGGUGUUACCCUGGACUCUGGCUUAACAUUCAAUAAUCACAUCUCAUCAUUAUUGUCAUCCUUGCCAUCUAGUUUGUGUCAAAUAAGUAGGGUUCGCCACCUGUUUUCCAAAGAAGUUUUGUAUAUAAUGAUCAACUGUUGUGUUUAGUAAAUUAUUUUACUGUUCCGCUUUAUGGGCUGGUACUUAUAAACAGAACAUCCAUAAACUACAACUCAUACAGAACUUUGCUGCCCGUAUACUAACUGACACAGGGAAAUACGAUCAUAUUACGCCGGCCCUGAAAGCUCUUGGCUGGCUGACUAUAGAGGAGCUACUUUGGUUGCGGGACGUGACAAUGAUGUACAAAUGUGUUAACAAUUUAGUGCCAGCAUAUAUUAGCUGUAAAAUAGGGAAGCGAUCCAAUGCGCACGCUUACAAUCUCCGCAACAGUGAAGAUCUAAACCUGCCAGGAUGCCGGACAGCUGCUGCCCAGAGUGGCUUCUUUUAUAGGGCAGCAAAAGCGUGGAAUAGUCUCAGUAACAACACUAGAACUGCCCGAUCAUUAAGAUCAUUUAAAAAACAUGCAAAGGCAGAAUUAAUGAAGAAA